AUGGACACCGGCGAUGGGGGCCCCGAAGCGCAGGACGGCGAGGGUGAUGAGCCCGGCCACAGACCAGUGUCGCCUUCCUUAAAGCAGGAGACUUGCUUCGUUUUUGAUUGGGAUGACACUAUACUUCCCACGUCGUGGCUCGAGCGGAUCCACGCACUGGCAGGCGGACCUUUGCGGCCGGAAGUCCAGAGGCAGCUUGCGAGUCUAUGCUCCGCAGUGGCGCAGACACUGCAAAUCGCCUCUACGUUGGGCAACAUUGUGCUAAUUACAAACAGCGCCCCUGGCUGGGUUGACCAGUCCUGCCAGAUUUUCAUGCCGCAGAUCCUCCAGCAGAUUCGCAGUUAUCCGAUCUUUGCGAAGCCCAUGCAUGCACCCCUGACCUUCAAGAUAACGACCUUCAGACGGGAAUGUAAAAAGUUCACGAACUUGAUCUCCGUUGGGGAUGGAGACGCGGAGCGUGCCGCUAGCCUAAGGCUGCAGGCACCCUCGGAGCGCAAAGGCCCCUUAGGCACACUGACGCCACCAUAUCUUUGUGAUCAUGUUGCCUUCGGCACUGCAUCUUGA